GUAGACAUACGUAGGCCUAUUUAAAUAGACUCUCGGCCUUCGUAUACACGCAUACGUACUGUGGUAAAACAGGUCACAGACGGUGCAAAGUCCUCUUGAAGGAAGAAGUCGGGUGGUUAGUGACGUAAAUAUGCAGUAACUGUAUAUGGUUCCCUCAGUCCUGACCUCUCAGUCUCUCCAGGGUUCUAUCAGACAGUAAAACGGGUGGAUCGAAGAAGACAUGGAUAUGAAGGACAAGGCUGUAUUUGUUACCGGAGGGGCACAGGGAGUUGGAAGAGCUGUUGCUGAGGCUGUGUUGCAGAAAGGUGCAAAGGUGUGCAUAGCGGAUUUUAAUGCAAUACAAGGACAGGCAACUUUAACUGAACUUCAAGAGAAAUGGGGAAAAGCAAAUGUGAUAUUUGAGGCAUGUGAUGUCUCUGAUUCCAAGUCCUUUGAAAGUAGCUUUCACCGAGCUGUCAGUCACUUUGGAAGGAUAGAUGUUUUCGUCAACAACGCUGGAAUAGUCAGUGAAAAAGACUGGGAGAAAUGUAUCAACGUCAAUUUUAUAGGAGUAGUCAGAGGAACCAUGAUGGCCCUCGAGCACAUGCGGACAGAUCGGGGAGGCCAGGGCGGUGUCAUAAUCAACACAUCCUCCACGGCAGGUCUAUCUCCUGGGUUUUGGGUGCCGGUGUAUGCAGGUACCAAGAGCGCCGUUGUGAACUUCACGAGCAGUUGGGCAGCUAAUCCCGAUAUUACAAAGGCAGGUAUUCGCCUGGCAACUGUGUGUCCUUCUGGAACAUCUACAGCUAUGGUUAAUGAGGUUCGGGAUGAUCAGAUUUAUAACAAGGAAAGUUUCGUGCAAGUCCUGAACAAACAUGGUUUGUGCAACAUGGAACAUGUCACGGGGGCCUUUAUUAGGGCCAUUGAGGAAAACUCUAGCAAUGGUGUUGUUUUCAUGGUAACAGCAUCAGGUGGAAUUCAAACCGUGAAAACGUCCUUUAACGUAAUCAAUGUGGACAGCCAAUGAACACGAAUGUGAAUGAAUAAGUAGUGUCAUAUGCAAACGCACCCUUGGAUCUGUGAUUAGCCAACGCUGAAAACGUGGCUUUCCGUUCGGAUUGGAUAUAAGAACUGUUAUUUCAUUGGUAAUAUACACUUCUUGUGUGUGAACAUUUCCGUAAAUUGUAAGUGUGAGUAAUGCAUCCUGGACCGAGGAUGACAUAAAAAAAUGUUUAAUGUUCGGUUGUCAAGUGACAGCUCCUGAUUUCUUAUGUUUAGGCGCGUGUGCUGUUCCGAAUUAAGAUAAGUGAAGGGGUGUUUGGUUGGAAAGUUGAUCAAAGGACUAAUGAUAAGAGUAAACUACCAAACCCCUGACACAGCUAGCCCCAAGGAUUGAGGUCUUUGAAGCAAGAUUCUCAACUACGAAGCGAAAUGGCGACGUUGCUGUAACAUCUUUUACCAUUAUAACAAAAAUUAAACAGUAAUAUGCGGUCAAACACCAUUGCGUCGAAGUUACGGUUGUCUCGAAGGAAAACAUGACCACUGCAUAUUCCUGGUUGAGUCAUCAUUUGUCGGUUUGCAUAGGCACCUUCAUCUUGGACACAAUGGUAUUUGACUGUACUUUGAAACAGGCAGAAAAUGAGUGAGUGAGUGAAAGAGUGUGGUUUUACGCCGCUUUUAGCAAUAUUCCAGCAAUAUCACGGCGGGGGACACCAGAAAUGGGCUUCACACAUUGUACCCAUGUGGGGAAUCGAACCCAGGUCUUCGGUGAGGAGCCAACGCUUUAACCACUAGGCUACCCCACCGCCCCUGACAGAACAUGACAUUUAUACAUUCUUUCACUAGACAAUAUCAACACAGUGAAGACAGUGUGUAUAAUAGUAGUCAAGCGUCAAAUUAUGUGACAGGAAAAAGAAGUGUCCAGCGUGCCAAGGUAUAUAGAUGUUCACAGAUAUUUAACAUUACACUUACAUUUCUCUCUCAAUCUGUAUCUAAUUUGAAGAAAGACAAUAGUUCAUUUCCAUGGCAAUUGUGAUUUCUGUCAUUACUCUGUUCAAUCGAAACUGAAUCAAAAUCUUCGAAUCCGUUCAAUACUGUAAUACCACGAAUACCACAUUACAAAACAACAUGAUGACAUAACUACAUGCACGCAUAAACUAUUUUACGGCUCAAAUGUAAGCAAAGUCCGUUAAUGUGGACAGUUACGCGUGAAUUCGUACAUUUCAGCUUAAUGAAUUAUAACUCUUGACAAAUAAUGAUUCUUCAACGACAGAAAUUGUGCGGAAGUGCACUAAAUAACAAAUUAACCUACUGCAUAAUUGGCUUUUUUUAUUUUUUAUAUUGGUUCCUAAGAUUACAAUAUCACAGACAUACAAAGUCGCGAUGCAUACGGUCUAUAGUAAUACAGUUGCAUGAUGUAUUGGUAUCAUGUGAAUAUAUUAUUAUAUUAAACAUAUAGAUAAUGUCAGGUACAAAUUGAUACAGUUUGGAGUCCUCUAUGUACUUGGAAUAGAAGGCUCCAUUUGUGACUGAAAUUGUAUAUUUUAUUUUUGUUUUGUGUUGAUAUAUGAUUUUCCACAAAGAUUAUUUCUUUUAGAGUUUUUAAAUAUAAAUUUUGAUUUGGAAGCAUAUUUGUGAUACUGCAUAUGAGAAUAUGUCUCUUCGCAGUAAUGAUGAUGUGAUUUAGUAAUCUAUUUUGAUGUGGAGUACCAAUACGCAGUAAGGCGUACUUAUGUUCUAUUAAAUCAAUAAACAUUACAAAACUUG